CGUGAAGUCACAGCGUCCGUGCGCCACUCAUGUUUUCUCACUGAUGCACCUAAUCCUGCUCUUAAAUCUGAACGACACAAAUCACUAAUUGGAAACGGUUGCCGAUUUACAAUGGGAAAUGACAUGAAUUAGAUACCGUCUCGGCUACGUGGGGGACCGAUUUCAAGUGCCAAAAUAUUUUACCAAAAUAAAUAUCCAGAAUCCAAUCAAAACAUAUUUUGACAAAACAUACGUUUUUAUUAGAGACCGAAAUUAAUGUUGUCUUGGCGAAUUUUCAACAGUCUUAAUUAAUUAGUGUGUGUGUCGUGCACAACUCAGUGGAGAACUUAAGCAGUGCGUGUCUUUUAACGCAAUUCUUAAAUUAAUAUUGUGAUUUAACUGUCGCAAACAACUAAAUGCUCAUGGACACUAAGAAGCGUCGGGGCUCGGUUUUCAAUGUUUAAAUUCAUGAGAUGGCGUCUGGUUCAUUAAGGAUUUACGGUCAUGUAACACAUCUACCGAACACGAACGGUGCAGGUUGACCGCGGUCAUUUGGCCAUUGGAAUAUGUAAUUGAUUCUUUUUGAAUACACCUGGUACGGAACCGUAUCCAGACCGUUCCGUUUUCCGUCUAGAAAUGGGCUGUGGACACAGCAAGAUUAACAUAUAUCCUAGGAAAGCCAGAAGCAAAAAUAACAGCACGAAGUCUGAUACCCCUGAGAAAACAGAAGCAGAGGAGGAUGAGGGAAUUGAAAAUGAUACGGAGAAUGGGGAAAAUUUAGAAGACUGCGACCAAAGGAAAACAAUCAAAGUUAAACCAUUUGGUGGACCACUUUUAGCACAAACAGAGAUAUCUACAAGCCAGCAAGACUUUUUCAAAAUGCUUGAUGAUAAAAUCGAAAACGGUCCCGACUACAACUCGGAAAGCGAAACAGAAAAAGCCGCCGAGGCCGCCAGAUUGAGCUCGCUGCUCAAGGAUUGGGAGACGGCGAGCGCCGGAUCCCGCUCCCUUCCCGCCACCCCGAAGAGGAGGCCCCUGAAGGCGCCGCUGGCAGUCGGGGGACCUUCGAUGGAGGGCGUCCGAUCGGCGGAGGCGGUGAUGGCCAGGGGAAUGGUGGAGAGGCAGCAUCAGCCGCCGCCGCCGCACGACCGAAACUACGUUUCGCAGAUCAGUCAAAACAUAAUACAUCAGUCGUUCGGAGUAUCGCAAAUGUACAAACCAAACCCAUACAACAAUCCAAACUACAUUGCUCCGAGUUCGUCGCACCAAGUGCCAGCAUAUCCAUCAGCACUGCAGUACUCCGCCAUCAGUCCAAUGUACAACAGCCAACCGACAUAUCCAGCGCCUUCAGUCAGACAAUACGCGGGCUAUAACCAGCACGGCAGCCCCAUAAAGUCGUACGUGAACAGCUCGCCGAAACACAUUCCUUACGAUCAACCGACGGUCUACAGCCCUAGUCACAAACUGUACGGACCCCCAGUACAAGUGCCAACGCCAAAGACAUAUAGCAAUGGGGAGGUGCUGCAGUCGCAAAUGUACUCGCAGCACCAGCUCCAGUAUCAGCAGUACAAAGUGGCGAGGGAGCAGGUGCUGGCACAGCACCAGCCACAGCAGCCCGCACCGUACAGGGUCGUACGCAACUACCAAAGCAGCAUUACCAUUCCGAUCAUGAAAAACCCACAGCCGGACAUGAGUUCACUUCAUCGGAAGCAGUACGAACUCACGUGAUCCUUCCCUAACCUCUAAAGUCGUUUCUUUAGUUAAAAUUAUUGUGGAAUACGACAAGACUAUACUGAAAUGUGCCAAACUGGGGUCCUUAGAUAUGACUUGCAUCUGUAAAGAAUAUGGCAAUUGUCAACAGUAACAAACCAAAUAUACUGAACAAAAGUUAUUUUAUAAAACUAUAUUGAGGGACUUAAUGACGAGACAAUAGCAGGCAAAAUUACACAUCAUUUACUUAAAAGUUAAUGUUUAUCCAUAUCCCUUAUAUGUUUGUGGUAACAAAAUAUUAGGCAAUUGUCAUUAAAUUAAAUAGGGUGUUCUUACUCUUUUGUGAUAGUAAAUGAGUAUAUUCUAAAUCGAUCUCUAAUUGUUUGUAAAUUUACUAAGAAAAGUAGUAAGCCCUGUUUUGCUAACAUAUAAAUUUAAAAAAAAACUCUAAUUAUUGUAAAAGUUUCUCUUUUACAAUGUUACUGAGAGUACCUUAUAGUAGCUUUAAAUUAAAGAACAUAUUGACAAUUAUAGCCAAAUAUAUAAGUAAUAAUUUAAGGCUUCUAUAGUCAUAUGAAUCUCUUAUUAUGAUAUUAAAUUAUAAUCCAUAUAAAUAUUGUACAGUUGUAAAUUGAGUUUGAAGUUACUAGAUAAUUGUAUUUAUAUUAUAUCCCUAUAGAUAAUUUAUGUUAAAGUAAUUAAAUAUUAUCUAUAUAAAUUUCAAAUAGAAUAUAUGUACAUGUUAGAAAACUCUUUGAAAUGUGAUAUUGUAUUAUUAGAAAAUCAUUUCAUUCAAGUUAACGGAAUUAAACAGUAGCACCAGAUCUUGCCUAAGCGAUAAGUAAAUAUUUUUUUCUAGCUGUCCACAUUGUCAAUAAUUUUCAUGUCUAUAAAAUCAGAUAAUUAUUAUGAAUCAAAACAGAUAAGCAUAAAAAAUUAUUUAAAUAUUAACUUGAAUGAAAUGCAAAAAAUUAAAUGUUUAAUGUCGAAGAUGCCAAUGAAUGUGGCUUUUUGUUUUAUUUUCGUAUACGCAUUGUGCAAUAAAUUUGUAGUUUUUAUAUUUACUGCAGCAAAUAAAUCAUAUCGAUAUUUCUAUACAUAUAAAGUAAAGUUGUAUAAAUUUUGUUUUGUUAUUGUUAACAUAAGAUUUCAGAAAUAAAUAUUUAGUCACUGU